CACCGCGGCUUAGCCUUUAAUUCAUUUACUCGACCGCCGCUUUCUACACAGUUCACAUUCACAGAAAAUAGAAAAGCUGAAAUGCUUCGACGGAAAAUCGCCUCCCACAAGCCGCCGCCUCCUCGCCGCUGCUGCACUGACGGCAGCGAUUCGGAUCCCCAUUCCGACACUCUUAGUAGAGAAUCGAUGAUAGAGAUUAGAAGUCGGGCUUAUUAUUUCCGGAGGUGUAAAAAGGGGAUGCCAACAAACAUAGAGUCCCUCUCCACCGACCUAUUGUUUGAAAUCCUCCUCCGUUUGCCGGCCGAUCAUCUCUACGAGAGAGCGAGGCUCGUCUGCCGGCGGUGGUGCCACAUUAUCCAUUCUCAUGCCUUCAUCAACGCGCAGAUGCACAGUUCUACCUAUGGACUCCUCCUAUCACCCCUGAACUGGAGUAAUACUCUGCCACUUUAUGUAACAGCCAACGCAGACGGUGGAAUCCACACAUCUGACCUAAAUCACAUCUCCAAAUUGGAAGUUCUUGCAACCUGCAACGGUUUGGCUCUGGAGUUUGAUUUCAAAGAUCGCCUCCUUCGCCUCGUGAAUCCAGCAAAGAAGCAGUCACUCCUCCUCCCACGAUUGUCUAGAGGAGCAACCUAUGCCUGGCCCACGUAUGGUUUUGCAUACUCUGCAGCUUCAUUGGCGUAUAAAGUGGUUUUGCAUUAUCUACAAACUGACUACUGUCUUCACGUGCUCACUGUUGGAGUCGAUGAGUCCUGGAGGCACGUCGAGGUUCACCACCUCCUCGGCCAUGUCAGGCCAUGUCUCCUCAACAAGACUCCGUUGACUAGUGAAGGUUUCGUGCACUGGGGAAGGGGGAGAUACUGCGCGACGAUGGAUGUGGAUACAGAGAUCAUUACACUGAGUGAAGCCCCUUAUGAGUACCAUGAAAGCAACUAUUAUUAUCUGUCAACUGGGAGGUGUGUGUCGCUCCUGGUUGCGUGUGGGGAUCUGUCGUGGGAGGUUUGGGAGAUGAAGGCAGAGACGAGCGAGUGGAGGAAGGCGCUGCCCAACGUCGACUUGGGAGCUCAGAAAUGCAGGAUUCAACAGUUUGCUGAUGGAGAUCUUAAGCCACUUGGUUGGGUUAAAUAUCCACAGGUUUUGGCCUUUUGUUCUAGGAUGGAAAUCGGCCAUUGCAUUUUCUACAAUCUUGAUACGCAUCAACUCCACUGCAUAAAGCUACCGCAAUCCUAUAGUAAUGGUUAUGAAGCUUUUCCGCAUAAGAAUAAUCUGAUAUGGCUAAAUUAAAAGAGUAUUAGAAUCGUUAUUGUUUCUAUUUGGUUUGCUUUCACAUUAUUUGCAGAUAUAUGAUGUUAAUUUUUUCAAUACAUAUCAGCUUAUCUUA